AAGCCGCCGCGGGCGGCGGGCUUCCAGGCUUGAGGGUGGUGAGUGCGGGAGCGGCGGGGUUGGCGUGGGGAGGAAGGAUUCGGCGGGAGGUCCCCCACCCAUGCGCCCCCGUGGAGCGUCUGGAGGCUGCGAUGGGAAGAAAGGGGGAGGGUAGAGGAGCUGGGCCUGGAACUCAGCCCGAGGGUACACUGCAGCCCAGGAGGACGCCACACGCAUGCCUGGGAUGGUGGAGACCAAGGACUUGGUACAGCUGCGGCAGCUCAACCUGGCGCUCCUGAGGCAGCUGUGGGUCGGGCAGGAUGCCGUGCGGCGGUCGGUGGCAAAAGCAGCCUCAAAAUCAGCCCGGGACUCCAGCAGCAGCUAUGACUCCCAGACAUCAUCGUCCCAGGAGACGUCUUUAAUGGCCCUCAGAGCCUCCAGCCUACAGGACGCCCACCAGGGUGAUCCCUGUGAUAUGUCCUGGCCUGGCGGGACCGGCUCUGAAGUGGUCUCUUUCCCAUCUGCCAAGUACCGACACCAGGCAUCCCUGGGCUCACUGAGGCCCUGCUUGGCACCCUUGCUGGCCAUCUCAGACCCAAAUGACCCAGAGCUUUCAGCAGAGCUGGACAGUCCAGGGCCUCAGGAGGCCCAGGCCCAGAGCUCCGCCCUGGAUCAACAAAGCAGGCUGUCCAAGUCAAGAGUGACCCUCAGUGAGGAGUCUGCGUUGCCUGACACCAGCUGGCGCCUCAGACCAUACUUGGGCUACGACUGGAUUGCAGGGUCUCUGGACAACAGCUCACCUGUCACCAGCAAGCCCGAGGCCUUCUUCUCGAAACUACGGGAUUUCCGGGAAGCCAACAAGGAGGAGUGUAUCAGCAGUGACCCUGAACCCCAGUUCCUAGGCCCGCGAGAGAGCAGUGGCAGGGUGGAAGACCAUGAAUACGCCAGUGUGUGUGCGACGUGCGGGCGCAGUGUGCAUCCUGCCGGAGCCGGCGGUGUGCUCAGCGCUGUCCCGGGAGCACACGUGCGUGUUCGUGUCCUGUGCGUGUCCAUCUGUACCAGCCUGUGCGGUGGGGGCGGGGGGUCCAGGGAUCUGGGGGCCCGGCUGAGAGGAGCUGCUGCUUCCCACGGCCCCGCAGGCGUGUACUGUUACCGCGUCAGCCGGCGCCUGUUUCUGGUGCCUUCCGAUCCUGGCACCCCCUGCCGCCUGUGCCGGACACCUCGGGACCAGAGGCGUCCUGAGACUCUGGUGGAGCCGGCGCAGGUCAGGGUGAGCAUCCCGCUGUCCGUCCUGGACCCCCCGCACCGCUACCACAUCCACCGGCGGAAGAGCUUUGACGCCUCCGACACGCUGGCCCUGCCCCGGCACUGCCUGCUGGGCUGGGACAUUCUCCCUCCGAAGUCCGAGAAAAGCUCAGCCCCCAAGAGCCUGGACCUCCGGUCCUGUGUGUCCUCCGAGGCCCAACACCGGAAGCUGCCAACCCUUCCCACCUGGAACUGUUGUCCAGACUUUUCCUUGGUCUCCCUGCCUGGCCCCACACACUCCCUGCCCCACACCCUCCCCAACUCUGGAAGCCAUCCCUCUCCGGGCCACCUUGUCAGCCUUCAUCUCCCCAUGUCUCUUGACCAGGGCCAGGGGGGCUCAUCGGAUCUUCUCCCCUUGCUGGGCUGGGGCUUUCUGAGGGGCAGGGGUCCCUGGGAGCUGCUCAUCCUUGUUGGCCCCAGCUUGUCAGUACACUUGGAGGACAUGGUGGCCACCAGCAUCAGAAAGAGCCAGGAUCACCCCUGGGUCCACAAAGAGGGUUCACUGGUGGCCCCAAAGACAUAUCUUCCCAGAACCUCAGAAUGUGGCUUUAUUUGGGGUAAGGGUCUUUGCUGAUCUAAUGAAGGUAAGGCUCUUGAGAUGAGAUCAUCCUGGAUGAGGGAGGGCCUUAACUCCAGGGGUGGGUGUCCUUGUAAGAGAAAAGGCAGCACACAGACCCAUGGGGGGGGGAAUGUGACGAUGGGGGGGGGGAGACUGGAGUGACCCCUGUACAAGCUGAGGACCCCAGGAUUGCUGGUGGCCACUGGGAGCUGGGAGAGGGGCCCAGAACAAAUUCUCCCUCAGAGCCUCCAGAAGGAACCAAUCCUGUGGCACCUUGAUUUUGGACUUCUGGCCUCCAGACCCAUGAGAGAAUCCAUCUCAGUUGCUUCAGGUCACCCCGUCUGUGGUGACCAUGGCUGCCCUGGAAAACCACCACGGUUCCCGAGGAGCUGGCGUGCCUCUUAAAGGAAAAGGACACCAGGCUGUGCGCACCCAGGAACAAGGUCGUGUGGGGACCCCGAGAAGGCGCUGUCUGCAAGCUGAGGAGCGAGGCCUCAGGAGAACCCACCCCUGCUCACAGUGAUCUUGGGCUUCCAGCCUCCAGGAGUGGGAGAAGGCCCUGUGAAGUGGGGGAAGCUGGUCGGGGAGGUUAACCAGCUCGCGCCAGCUCGCUCAGCUGGGGCAGGAACCGCAGCGAUUUGAACCCAGCUUUGUCUGACUUUCCCAAACUCUUCUUUUUUUUUUUUUUAAACGACACCUCCAAUAUUCCAUUUUAUUAAUGCAAGGGUGUUUUUUGUUUUGUUUUAUUUUGUUUUUGUUUUUAAUUUGCAGCACAGAUCACAUGAGAGAGUUUUCUGCGUGCUGUUCAUUUUACUGAGUCCGGAGAAGGUGACAGGGAUGCAGCUGCUGCAAGGAAAAGCUGCCUUGGCCCCUGGGCUCUUGCAGGGCUGAGCUCCCACACAGGGGCCCCGGGGGCUGAGCUCUGCCUGACCUGGUCAUUUUGAAAUCAGGGGCCCCUCCUGGGAAGGAUGCAGGCUGAGGAGAGCUGCAAGGCAGGCUUAAAAAUCAGGGCUUGAGAUGACUCAUCUGUGGCUAUUUAUUACCUAUCUACAUUUCUCGGUCUGAUUGGGCUGCUCGAGGGCCAAGCCUCCUUCUUUCUGGGUGCUGACUAAGCAACCCAGGGUCCUGCCCGCCUGUGGCCUCAUCUGGAGCUCACUCUCCUCACCCUCAGCAACACGCGGGCCCCGUGGGGCCACUGGAAGUUCCCCCUAACUGCCCUCACUGAGGUCUUCCCAGCAGCCCCACUCUCUGUGGGUUCCUGUUCUUUCUCCCUACAGUUCUCAGCUUCUUUGUCACCUCCUCAGGGAAGCCCUCUCUGACCACGCCCACCCCGUCACGAUCUGCUUAGGCGGCCUGUAGAGAGCAAGAUGGAGUCACUCAUGCCAAGCAGGGGCCUGUGUCAAGCAAUGUCCCAGGCAGUGAAGGGAGCUGCAGCUGCCAGAUCUUACUGAGACCCACACCAGCUGAGGACGCUUCAGAACUGAUAACCAACAGAAGCAGACCAGGUCUGCAGGGGCCCGAGACGGAUUCAACCCCUUUAGAAAGGGGAGGAGGUUUGCAGCAAACUGCACGGCCCCUCUCGGUCUGAUGGCCUCAAGAAGGCAGCCACACCCAAGGCCCUGCCCGAUGGAUCUCUGAACAGAACCGAGAGCCUUCCCCGCUUGGACAGAAGCAGCAGUGAGUGCCGAGAGCUGCCCCGGGCCGGACCAAGGCCUCAGCUCAACCGGGCGCCCACAGCCUGACUUCGCAUCUGGUUCGUUACCUUCCUACGCCCUCUGCUCUCCUGUUAUGUGGCUUGUCUUGCGUUCUGCUCGUGUGCCCUGCGAGAAGCCAAGUUAAUCAGGAGGUGAAAUGUCAUUGACUUUGGAAUCCUGGACCUGCUUCCUAAUUAUGUUACCCCUGCUUUAUGAUUGAAUAAAGGCCACAUCGUGGAAA